UCCAAAAGGAGGCACUUCCGGAUGCCUCCGUUGCCCACCUGCAGCACUCCUGCUCUCUCAGCCCUGCUCUCUCAAGCUAAAGCACCUCUGCUGCAGCUACCCCCAAACACAGGGGGCCCCCCGUCCCCAGCCCUCUUUGCCGAGCGAUGAGCUUCCUCCUCCAGCUGUCUCGAUGCCCCUCCAUGCCAGCCUGCAGCCGUCCAGGCAGGAACCUGAGGUUCAUUCAGGACUUCAAACCAAGACAUGCAACCACGAUUUGAAGCUGGCUGGCCAAACCAAGUGCUGUUGCUCCCCCAGAGAUGUGUGUGAUGUCUGAAGCCAUGCUCUUCAUGGACUUGUGGUUCAUUCCAGCUCUCAGGCUGAGCUACAAUCAGGAUGUUAUGACGACAGACGAGCCGGAGCAUCAGCCAGUCCGGAAUGGAGUGAGUGUGAAAGGCAGGCACCGGGGAGCCUGUGCCCAGCUGAAAGUGUGCAUGGCUCGUGACAAGAGAGCGUGGCAAGUGGCCGUGGUGGUGGUGGAGGCGUGAAAAGGGAAGCCAGGGGCCAUUCUGUGACCCGAGCCGUUUCCAGGGAGGAAAGCACUCGUCCUUGCAUACAGAGGCUGAAAGUGGUGCUCAGGUCAUCCUGUUCCAGCUGCAUUCUAAUACACAGUCACAACUGUUCCCAGAUGUCAGCUGUCAAUUUGGACAUACCUGAUCAGACUGAUGGAACAAAUACAGGAUCCAGAAGAAACACUGUGGAUGCUACUAGCAUUGCUCCAGAUUCAGAGCACGAGGAAUCCUUUGGAAACAACCAUUUCACUGAAAGCCAGAGGUAUCUGCCUGAGCAGCUUAAUUCCAGUGAAGAUUUGUCCCUCUUCCCUUCCACCCAGCUAGCGGAGAAAGUUGUAAAUGAGGUCCCUCAUUCAACCAAGACGGGCAUCGCCAGCUCCCAUUUCAGUCAGGGGAAGGCCCCCCUCCCUCAUGCUUACACCAAUGGCUGUGGGGCUCCCCAAGCUUCUGUGAGGCAGCAGCCGCACGUUUCAGGGAAGCGGCGCAUUGGCUCCACCACCUCCGUCUGCACCAACCGCAGUAAGAAGAGUUGCAAGUCAACGGCUUCUCAGAUCCAGGAAGUGGCCGGAGACGACCGCUGUGCACACUGUGCCCUCGCCUGCCUCUUCUGUGAGUUCAUGUCCCUCUGCUCACUUGCCCUGGACUGUGGGGGCUGUGGAGGCUGCCUGGAGGUUUGCUGCCGUGGGGAUGGAGGGGAGUCCCUGGCGGAGAGCUGCUGUGGGGAAGCAGGCCCGGGGAAUUGCCCCUGCUGCGGGUUAGGCUGUGGGAUGCUGCAGGAUUGCUGCAGUUCCUCUGACUGCCUUGAGAUCUGCCUGGAGUGCUGCUCUCUCUGCUUCCCAGCCUGAAUUCAGGGACUUGGACACAGCGCCCAUGUAACCUCCUCAGACUGUACUGGGUCUGUGUGUCCCUUUAAAAAAAUCCUUUCUCCAAAUGGCCAAGCGGACUAUCGGCAAAGUAGUGGACUAUUUCAUCCACCUUCACUAUGACUCUAUCUACUGUGACAUCAUCAGACAAGCUCCUCCCUCCUUUCUGAUGUCAUCAAAAUAGGCAGAAUGUAUUCCUGCAUGCACACAGAGCUGUUGGGUGGUGGUUUUCUAUCUAUGAGAUGAGGUCUGCUUACAGUGUUUCAAUGGUGCGACGUCUCACCCACACAGUGUGACAGAUUUAGCUGAAUUUACGCUGCAGAUAAGUUAAAUUCCACUCCUGUUCUGAAAUGUACUUAGAUCAAGCCCUUCCCCCACCCCUGCUAGUGUGAUGUCACAAAACUGUCCAUGCCAUGCAGCUAUCAAAAGAUGUCACCAAAGCGCAAGGCUAUAGGCAGGUUCAUUUUUCUUAAAACUGUGAUGAAAGAACUUUUACGCUGCUGCUGUGAUGUCUCUGGAUGGACCAAAGCAGAAGAAUCUGCUUCAAUGCCUCAGAGCCAAAGAAACUCCUCUUCUUCUGAAAUGAGGGAGAGACUCUGGGUGCACCCCAGUGGUUGAUCUCAUAGGCUCCUGCUUGGAGUUUCUUGUGUGGUUAUUUCUUUGUGCCUGGAAAUAUUUUGUGUUGCUCAGAAUGACUGAUGGUAAAAUAAAUUAAAGGAAUGAAAUUGA